AUGGCUGAGCAGCUUUCUCUCUCAGAAGUAAAUCUUACCUGUACGAUCUGCUGUGACAUCUUCACGACUCCAGUAGUGCUGAAGUGCAGUCACAGUUUCUGCCAGGAGUGUUUACAGAGGUACUGGAAGGACCUGAAGGUUUUGCUGUGUCCCGUCUGCAGGAAGGAAUGUUUGACCGAUGAGCCCACGCAGAGUCUUGCCUUCAAGAACCUCUGUGAGUCUUUCAAACGCAUGAACCAAACCUCUGGACAAACUGGCUUCUGCUCACUUCAUGAUGAGAGGCUUAAGCUGUUUUGUCACCAGGAAAAACAACUUAUUUGUGUCAUCUGCCAAGUUUCCAAGCAACAUGAACAUCACAAAUGCUCCCCUCUCCAGGAGGCUGCAGAGGACCUGAAGAAACAUGUUGAGGCUUUAGAACAAAAAGUAAGGAGUGAGUUCCAAAGGUUCUACAAGUUUCUGCAUGAUAAGGAGGCACAAUGGAUCACAACUCUACGACAGCAACAAGAAGAGAAGUGCUGUGAAGUGGACAAAACCAUAGCCAAAUUAGAACAGGAGAUCACAAGUCUUUCAGAAACGAUCAAAAAAAUGAAACAAGAAACAGAAGAAAAAGAUUAUCCUUUUCUUAAGAACUACAGUAACAAUUCUGAAAGGAUUCAGAAUAGUGCAGUGGGCACAGCCCCUGCACAAAAGCUCAACUGCGAAGACAUCACUCGCCCUGGAUCUCUGUUUGCAGUGUUGGCAGAAAUGCAGGAUCUUAUCCAAGAACCUCCAGUUACUUUGGACCACCUCACUGCAUCUGACAAGCUCAUCGUCUCACAGUGCUUCACAGCUGUCCAGUACACAACACAGUGGCUGUAUGUUGUAGACAACCCUGAGAGGUUUUAUGUUGGAGUGAUCGGUUCACAAGGUUUCAGCUCAGGGGUACACUGCUGGGAUGUUGGAGUUGGGAAUAGUCACUACUGGAUUCUCGGAGUGGUGGAGGAGACUGUGGAUAGGAAGGCACCACUCUCGAUGGAGCCUAGAUCUCAUAUGUGUGACAAGCUCUGCAAGAGAAAACAGCCUGACUAA